AUGCGACUUUCCAUCUGUGCUGGCAUUCUUGUUCUUGCGGUGUUUGCUUCGUGCGACGAAGUUCCGGCUGGACACACCGUCGUGACCCAGUGUCGUUGCGCCGAUUUGGAUGAGUGUUCGGUUGAGAUUGCACGAAAGACUGAUACCUGCAAAAAGCAGCCAAAAUGCACAGCAUUCUUGAAGCAAAUCGGAGAUGCUGACAAAAUCAUGGCGUGUUUAGAUAAGGAUCACGAGGAAAUGUCUAAGGUUGAAGUUUGCGCUAAGAGGAAGCUUAACGGAGAACUCGGAUGCACUAACUCUGCUACUCCUGUUAACAUGACCGUUCCACUAAUUCCAGUUAUUGAGGUCCCAUCUCUCACUGAAUCUGGCGCUGUUGCUGAAGAUGUGAGCCCAGUUCACACUCAGCCACAACCGCCACCACAACUUUCCCAAUAUCUUAUGUGCAUUGACGAGUGCACACAUGACGACAUGGAUGUGAUUCCAGGAAGAAAGAAGAGAUCCCCAGCAACAUGCGCAUUCAAGCUCAAGUGCGCUCUUGCUCCACCAAAUGAAGCCACCCAAGCUGCAUACACCGAAUGCCAAAAAGAGCUUAACUUUGACCCAACGAAGGGCGCCGCCGAUUCCUGCAAAUGCCUUCAGGCCGCUGGCGUUGAUAUGAAGUGUUAA